AUUCGUUAUCAAGUCGUACACGAAAUGCCUUUCAUCGCCACUCAACAAUUAGCUCUGAACAGCCCUGCAAGAGUCAAAAUCACUCAUCUAUACGAGAAUCGGCCUCGCGAUACGUUAUGGUCCUCAUUUGGUCUUCGUUUGCUGUUAGAUUACAAGAGUGUCGUUCGAUCAUGGGCAAUGGGAAGGUCCAGAGUGGCUUUUCGCAAAGCUUUGGCGGAUCGUGGAUACGAUCAGGACGGCCGAGCGAUCAGCUCUUUUCCAAGGCCCACUGCUGAGGCAACACAGAUUGCCGGUUUACGAGGAUCGAUUGACUUUACCGUUCGGGAAGAGGUCAUCACAGCAAAGUCUCCGGACAUAGAGAAGGAUAUGCGAGAGAUUGUGGACAGGAUAAUCAAA